AUUGCCUCUGUUUCACUUUGACUGCACAUCCGACAACAUGGAAAAGUAGAUUUUUAUAAUCUUUUGUUAUUUUUUUAUUUUUGCUGCGAACCACCAUCGCAAGGGGGAGGUGAAAAACAAUCCAAAUUCUCUCGAGCGACGUUCACGUCACACUUCCACGGCAACGGUGUAACUAUGGGGCGCAGGCAUGGAGCAGGAACGGCCCAAUAACAAACAGCGCGUUGGAAAAAGGGGGCCGCCACGGGGAGCGCAAAGAAGACAACUCUCUGGACGCCGAGGAUCUCAGGCAAAGGACUCAAAUGCGACAUUGUGGGAAUUCCCACCUUUUAAAGGAUUUGCUCUGUUAUGCCGCUGGAAUCGGUGGAUCUCGUGUGUUCGUUUCCAUCACCUCCGCCUGGGACGAGGUGCGGCGUCAUGCGUGUUUGUGAGGCUGCCAGUUGCCUGUCUGUGCUCAGCGGUGACGGACACAGGCAUCGACUGACAUGCGUUUCCAUGGCGACGAGCGGCUGUAGCCCCUUUCCCUUAUGUUGGGGCAGAGAAUAUGACAGACACCUAGCGGCAGCUGCGUCACCAGGGAAGACCAUGGCAGCGCCCUACAUUGACCCCAACCUCAAUCACACUCUGCUAGAUGGCCCCAAGUCGCGGCUCAGUGCUGGAGGGUCGGACCGUACCACUGCCGGAUCCGUGGACAGGGUCCUGAAGGUCUUCCACCACUUUGAAACCAACACGGAAUUAAGCAGCUGGUCAUCUAACAUUCGAUACGGGGAUGCUACCGAUAUCCGGGGAAUCAUCCAGAAGAUCUUGGACAUCCACAAGGUACGCUGGACGUGGUGCUUUGGCCUUCGUCUCAGCAGCAGCUGCCAGCCCAGAGACCAAGUGCACUGGCUUCAUCCCGACAUGGGUGUGUCGCACGUCCGCGAGAAAUACGAACAGGCCCGCCCCAACGAGGACUGGAGGUGUGAACUGAGAAUCCGAUACCUCCCAAAAGGCUUUGUUCAACAGUUUACAGAAGACAAACCUACACUCAAUUACUUCUACCACCAGGUGAAAAAUGACUACAUGGCACAGAUUGGGGAUCAAGUAGAGCAAGAUGUUGCCCUUAAACUGGGCUGCCUGGAGAUCAGGAGGUUCUUCAAAGAGAUGAGAGGAAAUGCGUUGGACAAGAAGUCCAACUAUGAGCUACUAGAGAAGGAUGUUGGUUUGAGGCGUUUUUUCCCCAAAGACCUGCUGGAUUCAGUUAAGGCCAAGACGCUCCGAAAAUUGAUCCAGCAGACAUUUAAGCAAGUUGCAAACUUCAACGAUGAAGAGUGCAUCCUUAAAUUCCUCGAGAUCCUGGCACCCAUCCACCGUUAUGACAAGGAGUGCUUUAAAUGUGCUCUGGGGUCAAGCUGGGUGAUCCAGGUGGAGUUGGUGAUUGGGCCUGAGGAAGGGAUUAGCUACCUGACAGACAAGGGCUCAGCGCCUACCCAUCUUGCUAACUUUACCCAAGUUCAGUCAAUCCAGUACUCUGCUGUAGAGGAGAAGGACAGGAAAGGAAUGCUCCAAGUCAAUGUCGCGGGAGCCUCUGAGCCGCUCACCGUCACGACAGCCUCCCUGACCAUGGCGGAGAAUUUGGCUGACCUAAUUGACGGCUACUGUCGGCUCAUCUCCAUGGAAACACGCUCUUUCAUCGUCAGAGUUCAGAAAGAGGGGGAGAGAGCGCUUCCUUCUCUUCCAAAGUUGUCCAAUAAUGAGAAGAAGUUGGAGGCGGUCAAGAGUGGAGUGAGAACGAUCUCCGUCUCAGAGACUGAUGACUAUGCUGAAAUAGUUGACGAAGAGGACACGUACACCAUGCCCUCCACACGGGACUAUGAAAUCCAGAGGGACAGGAUUGAGCUUGGUCGCUGCAUAGGAGAGGGUCAGUUUGGAGAUGUGCACCAAGGAGUCUACAACAUCCCGGACAAGCCAGCGUUGGCCGUCGCCGUUAAGACGUGCAAGAACUGCACGUCUGACAGUGUCAGGGAAAAGUUCCUUCAAGAAGCGCUGACCAUGCGGCAGUUUGACCACCGUCACAUUGUCAAGCUUAUUGGGGUGAUCACAGAGAACCCAGUGUGGAUAAUUAUGGAGCUAUGCACGCUGGGAGAGCUGCGUUCCUUCCUCCAGGUGAGGAAGUACAGCCUGGACUUGGCCACGCUAAUCCUGUUCGCCCACCAGCUCAGCACUGCGCUGUCGUAUCUGGAGAGCAAACGUUUUGUCCACAGGGACAUAGCAGCGCGGAAUGUGUUGGUGUCAUCGAUUGACUGUGUGAUGCUGGGAGACUUUGGCCUCUCCCGCUAUAUGGAGGACAGCUCUUACUAUAAAGCCUCUAAAGGCAAACUUCCCAUCAAAUGGAUGGCUCCCGAGUCGAUCAACUUCAGAAGAUUCACCUCUGCUAGUGAUGUCUGGAUGUUUGGCGUCUGCAUGUGGGAGAUCCUGAUGUACGGCAUCAAGCCCUUCCAAGGGGUGAAGAAUAACGAUGUGAUCGGUCGCAUCGAGAACGGCGAGCGGUUGGCCAUGCCGCCGCAGUGCCCGCCCACCCUUUACAGCCUCAUGACCAAGUGCUGGUCGUACGACCCCAGCAAACGGCCGCGGUUCACCGAACUCAAAACGCAACUCAGCACCAUACUGGAGGAGGAGAAACUUCAGCAAGAGGAGAGAGUGAGGAUGGAGAUGAGAAGACAGGUCACGGUGUCCUGGGACUCAGGUGGUUCUGAUGAGGCGCCGCCCAAACCGAGUCGACCGGGUUACCCAAGCCCUCGCUCGAGUGAGGGCUACUUCUCUAGCCCGCAACACAACCACUACCAGGCGACGGUGCACGGCGGCGUUGGAGGCGGCUUUGCUACGACUGAUUCCUGGAACCAGCACAGACCAGAACACACAGCGCUGUGGAACCCCAACAUGGAGGACACCGGGUCCGUGGGCCAGGCGCUCAUGGAGGAGAGGCUCAUGAUGCAGCAGCAGCAAAUGGAGGACGACCAGCGAUGGUUGGAGCAGGAGGAAAGCUUCAUGGCCGAGCCCAGAAACAGCCGAGGGAGCAUCGAAAAAGAGGAUGGGACGCCCCAAGCGCCGAGUGGAAGCCAGCACAUUUACCAGCCUGUGGGCAAACCAGAACAUGUUGCGCCGCCGAAGAAGCCCCCUCGCCCCGGAGCCCCCGCUCAUCUCGGCCCCCUGCCCGGCCUCUGCCCCGUGGACAGCUAUAACGAGGGCGUGAAGUUACAGCCGCAGGAUAUCAGCCCGCCCCCCACAGCCAACCUGGACCGCUCCAACGAUAAAGUGUAUGAAAACGUGACGGCGCUGGUCAAGUCUGUCAUUGAGAUGUCCAACCGGAUCCAGCCGGCGGCACCCGAGGAGUACGUACCCAUGGUCAAGGAAGUGGGUCUGGCACUGAGGACUCUGCUGGCCACGGUGGAUGAAACCAUUCCUGUUCUGCCCGCGAGCACGCACAGAGAGAUCGAGAUGGCCCAGAAGCUGCUUAAUUCCGACCUAGCGGAGCUGAUCGCCAAGAUGAAGUUGGCACAGCAGUACGUCAUGACCAGCUUGCAGAAGGACUACAAAAAGCAGAUGUUGAUGGCGGCGCACGCCCUCGCCGUCGAUGCCAAGAACCUGCUGGAUGUCAUUGACCAGGCGCGCCUCAAGAUGAUCACACGAACGCAUUAAAGUCCAAAGGAUUUGCAGACAUUGGAAAAAAUGCAGGGACAAGAUGGACAUUGGUCGCCGUGAAGACACAAACUUGGAUUCAAAAGAUGGACUGUGGACAAUACAGCCACCAUGUUUGGAGUCUUCUUGUAAUUACCUUUUUAAAAGAAUGAUAACACUAUUGUCACAUAUUUCCAAUAAUACUGGAUGUGUGAUAACUCCCCAUUUCAGAAUAUUUGUAAAUUAUUCAUUUAUUGUAAGUUUCCCUCUUUUUUUUGUUCUCUAAAAUUUUAAUUUUUACAAGAAAUUAUGGAGAAUGUUAACAUGUAGCAUGAAGUACUUUAUUAAAUUAAAUUUAGAGAAUGUUGGAAGUGCC